GAGCGUUUACGAUACUGUCAGAUUUGGGAGUUUACACACAAAUUUGGAAUAUCACCAGAAAACCAAAACAAACACUUGCAACAAUGGUUGAGAAGUUUGUCGGGACGUGGAAGAUGAUUUCCAGCGAGAACUUUGAUGACUAUAUGAAAGCAAUUGGCGUCGGUUUCGCCAUCCGGCAGGUGGGCAACCGCACCAAGCCCAACUUGAUCGUCACGGUGGACGAGCAGGGCACCGUGAGCAUGAAGACCCAGAGCACGUUCAAGACUUCCGAGAUCAAAUUCAAGCUCAACGAACCCUUCGAGGAGACCACCGCCGACGACAGGAAGACGCGGACCGUCAUCAGCUUGGAAAAUGGCAAACUUGUGCAGAAGCAGAGCUGGGACGGCAAAGAGACGAGCAUCGAGAGAGAAGUGACCGAUGGCAAAUUAAUAGCGAGGUGCAUCAUGGGAGACGUGGUGGCGGUGAGGACAUACGUGAGGGAGGCGUGAUGACGUGUCGCCGCCGCCUCGCCGGACCCCUGACAGGCUCAGUUUCAUGAGCGUCAAUUUUUUUUUUUCUUUGGGGUGGGGGCGAGGAUGUUGCCUCCAAAUUGUUAAAAUUGUGCAGAUUCCAAUAAAGCUCAUUUGUCAAAGCGUCA